GGGAAAAGGCCCCGGAACGAGGCCGGCCCGCGCGGGCCCGCGCUCCCCCCAUCCCCGGCGGCCGCACUCACCCGCUCCGGAAUCGGCCCUAUCGCCCCCGCCCGCACUCCAGAGCCGGCUGAGAACGGCAGCGGCGCGGGCUCCACGUGCAGCGUCUCUCCGGGUAAGACCUGCAGCUCCCGCGACUAGAAGUGUGAGGCCCCAGGGCCCUUCCCGCGGAAUCGGCGCUGAGAAGCCCCAACCCCCCUCCCGCCUCCCAGGCACCUUCGGGUCCAGGACUACAACUCCCAGCAGGGUGCGCAAAACGACCGCCCAAGGCAACGGAGGCUCACGAGGCAAAAGGAAGCACAACGCCCCAAUCCGCUUUGUUUUACACAGUCUCACUUUCCCUGCACCAUUAUACACGUCGAUAACCCUAACGAACAGGACGCUGACUCGGAGGGGAGCUUCAACUAGGGGAAAGGCCAGUCAAAGGACGCAUGCGUACAGAGCAAGGUUUCAAGGAGGGGAAAAAGAACGGGUCAAAUUAGGCGAAGAAAAGAUGGCGGAGGCUUUGCCAGGGGACCCGGAAGCACUUACCCUUCACUUCCUCCUCCUGUUUGGCUUCUGUCUCACCUAGACCCGUCCGGUCGCAGACUGUCUCCUAGACGCUUCCUGUCCGGUGAGCGUCGACCGACUGAAACGGCGGCCCAUAAUGCAUUGCGAUGGCGGGUAGGCGUGUAGGGGCGGAGCCAGGGCCGGAAGUAGAGCGGUGGUGGUGGCGGCGGAGGCUUUGGCAGCUCGGGACUGAGUGCAAGAAUCAUCAUGAUUCUUCAGAGGCUCUUCAGGUUCUCCUCUGUCAUUCGGUCAGCAGUCUCAGUCCAUUUGCGAAGAAACAUUGGUGUUACAGCAGUGGCAUUUAAUAAGGAACUUGAUCCUAUACAGAAACUCUUUGUGGACAAGAUUAGAGAAUACAAAUCUAAGCGACAGACAUCUGGAGGACCUGUUGAUGCUGGUCCAGAAUAUCAGCAAGAUGUGGAGAGGGAGCUUUUUAAGCUCAAGCAAAUGUUUGGUAAAGCAGACAUGAAUACAUUUCCCACCUUCAAAUUUGAAGAUCCCAAAUUUGAAGUCCUCGAAAAACCCCAGGCCUGAAGAAAUAAAGUAAAAUUAAUCUGGUAAUUUGUCACGGGUUAGUUGUACAACUAGUUAGAAGUUUCAGAAUAAACAUGCAUUUCAUAACUGUCAAAUGUUCUUUUAAUUCUGAGUCCAAAUAAAUUAUUUGAUGAUGUUGA